AUGAGAGCCGCACGUGAUUUGCCAGCGCACACAUCUCGUGAGAGUCUUGAAGCUUCAAUAUUGUUUCUAGAUGGUGACACUGCGGAGACGAGCAGCGAGUUGUGUAUGUCGGACGAGAAUCUCGAAGGCUAUUCGACACCCACUGGAAGCUCGCCACAACUGGAUUCCAACCGGACGCCAUCUCGCGAUCGCCACCACAUUUUGAAUCGCCUCAAUCGAACAAAGAACGAUACUUCCUCGAUGGAAAGUCAUACAAUGGCUAACGUCGAUAUGCCACAGGAUUCAAAGCUACAGAAAUCUCUCAUCGAGGAAAAUCGAGUGUUAAAAGCCCAAAUCAAAGAGAUCGUUAACGGCUCACGUGUUGAAGUCAUCGAGAAUUUACUACGAGAGAACGAGAAGCUUCAAGAAGAACUGAAGGAGGCGAAGUCCUACGUGGAUCAAGUGGAUGUUGAAGCAGAACAGCAAUACACCGAGUUAUCGUCCGAGAUAACCGAACUGUGCGACUUGAUCGAAAAAAAGGACAACGACAUCAAAGCACUGAAAGAGAAACUUUCUGAAGUGAAUAAAUUGGUUGAAAAGAACAGCGAUAUCGUUGAACAACAAAAGCAAAACGUUCAACGGCAGACUGGAGUGAUCGAAUCACUCAGGGAUGAUCUUGACAGUGAAAAGGAAAAGAAUACCUUGCUUGUAAAGGAAAAGGAGAAACUUCAAGAUGAGUUAAAUUCAGUCAAGAAGUUGAUCGAAUCAGAGAAGGACGACGCGCUUGCAAAGGACGUUUUAUUAGCUAUAGAAUUGGAAGAUAUGCAACGAGAACUUGAAAAGCAGAAGGAGAUAUUAGCUACCACAAGCAUUGCUCAAAUAGUUGAACGAGUAAGUUUCAUUCAAAUGAGGGAACGUGACGUCCUGAUCCAUGCUCAGCAGAGCGUGAUUAACGACCUCAAGCGAAGCAUAAGGGAAAACUGCAACUUCCUUCAUAGUGGUGCAAGUAGUUCGGACUCGUUCCACACACCUGAUAACAGUCCUUCUUCACGGUUUUCCGUUGUGAAGUAUAUCUUAAGUGAUGUCAACAGUCAAUUGGCGAACGUGUACGCGAUUGCCCGUGUCCUUGAUCUCUCGUCCCAAGAACUUGACUAUCUUGAAAAAAGUCUCGAAAGCAAGCAGAGCAAACGAUAUAUUUAUUGA